AUGACCCGGUUUGCUGAAUCCGACCAGCGCUCUACGCUCGUCGGUGGCGGCUUCCCUCAACCUGCGCCGCGCUCGGCGAACCUCGACAGCGCCUUCGGCGUCCAGAUGGACAAGACUCGCGCUGUCCGCACCGACUUCAACCGCGCCUCCCUCCGCGGCGCAGAGCUGGUCGGUUGCCAGUUCUCCCGCUCCGACGCCCGCUUCGCCGACUUCACGAGCGCCGACCUGACCGGGGCCGACUUCACGGGGGCCCUGCUCUACCGCGCGGUCUUCCGCAAGGCCGACAUCACCGACAGCAGCUUCAGGCGCCCGCCGCACACACGACACGCCAGUGUGUGUAGCGUGCAGGGGCUCGUGAGGUAUCACGAGGCGGACUUUGCGGGGGUCAUCGGGCUGGCGACGGCAGACUUCAUGGACUCGCGGGGGAUUCCAAAGGGCAUGCCAAAGACGACCACAGUCUCGAGCUGGCGAGGAUAG